CUAGGUGUUAGCAACAGACAUGUCAAAACAUAUGAGUCUGUUGGCAGACUUGAAAACUAUGGUAGAGACAAAGAAGGUGGCAGGAUCCGGUGUUUUACUGCUGGACAACUAUACAGAUAGAAUACAGGUUCUCAAAAAUGUGAUCCACUGCGCCGACCUAGCAAAUCCAACGAAGGUGCUCUCAACGUAUCGCCAGUGGACAGACCAGAUUAUGGAGGAAUUCUUCUCUCAGGGAGAUUUAGAGCGUGAAAAGAACAUGGAGAUCAGUCCCAUGAUGGAUAGGCGUAGCGCGUCUGUGGAGAAAACACAGGUACGUAAACGUAAUGAAGUUGACUGAGCCACAGAGAUGUAC